AUGCAACCUAACCGCGGAUUUCACCCUUCAAAUGAUGAGCUGGCUGACUCGGUCGGGUCGAAUCCUAUACGUACUCCAAACAAAGGGACCACAUACUGCAACAAUCGAGUGCCGCCAGUUGACUUGGUACCCCGCAGCCAACCGCACGACAACCAAAGCCGUACCUCUGUUGACUCCGUCCUUGUUUUACCCACUCCUGAUGUACACCCAAAGUCUCGGCCGGUAGAUGUACCUCGCAACAGACCAGUGGGGGGUAGGCCCAUAGGUAGGUCUGUGCCGCAGACUGGCGAAUCUGAGAUUCAAUCCGGAUCAAGGUAA